AUAAUUUAAUCGGAGAGAAAUAUAAAAGAGAGAAGAAAGUCUUUUCCUUUGCUUUUGUUAUUUUGGUAGGGAGAGAGAGAAUGAAGCUCUAGGCUUUAAAGAGAGAAAGUCUCUCAAAGUUUUUAGCUUCUUUCCACACAAACAUACAGUCUCGGCCGGUUGCUUUGAUCACCGAAAGGGGUUUUAUUUCCCCACUGAUGUUUCCAAGUCGAGAUUGUGGUACAUAUAAAAAAAACAGAUCAAAUGCCAUCAUUAAAAAUGAAGACCAACCUAAACAUGAGCUCUCUAAGAGAAAAAAAAUGUCUCAGUGUGUGUCAAAAGUCUAAAAUAUUAUCCAAAAAAUCAUGCUCCCAAGUCUCAGUUUCUCGACAAGCAGCAGAAUCUGACAAGUGUGUUCAGAAAUGUCAGGAUGGCUAUGUUGCUUCGAGUAUGGAAAUAUACACCCAGGGGGAGGACAUUAAAACUGAUGAAGCCGUUGACCAGCAAGACUUACCACGUGAUGGAAAUUCUCAGUUUCUGAAGCAGCCACCAACCUCUGUAGAUUCUGGCACAACUGGGGAUAUGGAAUCUAUAUAUAACUUUGCAUCAAACUUGGAGACAAUUUUUUCUCCUGUUCUGGAGCUCAUUGAAGUCCACAGUGUGGCAAAUAUUUAUGAUGAUGCAGGGAGUAACAGUGAUCUUAACGUGCCAGGUUUGGGUAUUGAUGACAGUGAUGAUAACAGAAGCUCAUGUGAUUAUCAAACUUGCAACAUAUCAGAUUUCUUUAUUUCUGACAUGAUUAUUGCUAGCUUACCAUUUGAUGGGAGCACUGUUGUCAAUGAUUUCACUGAUGCCAAUCCUUUUCCUGAUUACAAGUACGCUGAGCCAAGUAUGUUGUUUGAUGUGGCUGAAGAGUGCAUGAUACUACCUUUUCUUGAGGAUACUGCAAAAAUGAGCGACUCUGAUGAUAUGAAAUCAUGUGAAGAAGCCACGAUAGAUUCAGAUAAUAGUAGCUUAUAUCUAGCAAUUAAUCAGAUAAGAUCCUGUGACCGGGAAUCUGAUCUAAACAUUGACUCAGACCAAGCAGAAGACUUUGAUCCUCAGUUCUUUAUAAAAAAUUUACCUGAAUUAUCUGAUGUGGUUUCAAAUUUUCUGCCCUCUAUCCACCCUAAGGAGUCUUGCAGAAGAAAGUCCGUAACCCUAGUGCUUGAUUUGGAUGAAACACUUGUCCACUCAACAUUGGAACACUGUGAUGAUGCAGACUUCACCUUUACUGUGUUUUUCAAUAUGAAAGAGCACAUAGUGUACGUAAAACAGAGGCCUCACCUCCACACUUUCUUGGAGAGAGUUGCAGAGAUGUUUGAAGUUGUUAUCUUCACAGCUAGCCAGAGCAUCUAUGCUGCACAGCUUUUGGACAUACUGGACCCUGAUAGAAAGCUUAUAUCUCAGCGGCUUUAUCGUGAAUCAUGUAUUUUUUCAGAUGGAAGUUACACAAAAGAUUUGACAGUUUUAGGUGUUGAUCUUGCUAAAGUUGCCAUAAUUGAUAAUUCGCCACAGGUUUUCAGGCUGCAAGUAAAUAAUGGGAUUCCUAUUAAGAGUUGGUUUACUGAUCCAUCAGAUUGCGCACUAAUUUCAUUACUACCCUUCUUAGAGACCCUGGUUGAUGCUGAUGAUGUCCGGCCCAUAAUUGCAAAGAGAUUUGGGCUUUCUUACUCCUUUCGGUACAAAUUCUUCGAGAGAUGAUCAUAGCCAGAGAAAGUGUGGAUUUUAAAGUUGAGCACAACUAGGUGUGGUUCAUUAGAUUUGGAGGAAUUAAGGUUAUCUUUAGGUACUCAAUUCACUUGGCAUGCCUUAUGAACAUGUGGCUGUAGCUUAUUGGUUAGAAUCCCCCCCCCCCCAAUCCCGAGGAUUAUCAAUAGCCAAUGUGAAAAUUUAUGUGAGUUUUGGGUUUGAUAUCCUGAGACUAUGAGAGUAAGGGAUCUGGAGUUAGUGCUAUGCAUUUGAGUCUGAAAUAUGAUAUAUAAGGGUGGAUUAUGUAAAUAUCCAAAUCUGAUUAGGGUGACCAUGUAGGUCUUUUUGAAGGCCAUCAAGUGGAUUGUUAAAGGAACACGGGUUUGAAAUGCUCCUUCACCCAUGGUUUGGGAAGAAAAUGGUGACGAAGUGUCUGAUAUACAAAAAGACCUGCGUGCCUGUCAUAUUAACAUCUGCUGAAUGAUCUUUUCUCUUUCGUAAUUUCGCAUGCCUUAUCUGCAGGUCAUUUGAGGAAACAUACUAGAUUAUCUGCUAAUGGAAAGUAUAGGUACGUUGGGUUAUUUUGCUAUUUUUCCCUGUUACUUUGUAGAUACGGCACUUUGCUACAGAAUGGACUCUGCUGACAAUUCAUUGUUCUAUGAAUUUACUAAGCAAUGUUAAGAACGGAUUUUGUUGUGUAGUCUUGUUUGUAUCCUGAUAAGAACGGAUUGGAUGCCUGGUCAGUUUCUGUUCUUAAACCAAUGACUGAUCUCUAUGUAAACUAGCAUAGAACAUCCAAUUGGUAUAAUUGCCGCUAUACUAGUAGUUAUUUCUCUAAUA